AUGUUGUUCGGAAAGAUCUUGGCCUUUGCUGGUCUCAGUGCUGCUGCCACUGUCAAGACGAGCAAUGUCAAGGGCAAGGCAUUUGACCGUUUUGUGGUGAUUUACUUUGAGAACGAAAACUAUGAAAAGGCGUUUGGUGAUGCAGCCAACUUCAAGUGGCUCUCCAAAAAGGGCAUCACGCUGACCAACUAUUUCGCCGCGACGCACCCGUCGCAGCCCAACUACAUGGCCAGCAUCGCCGGUGACUAUUUCGGUCUCAAUGACGAUCGGUUGAUUGACUCGCCAUCGAAUGUGGCGACGGUCAUUGAUCUCCUCGAAUCCAAGGACAUCUCGUGGGCGCAUUACCAGGAAGACAUGCCCUACACAGGCUUCGAGGGCGCCUCGUACAAGAACAGCCGCGGGGCCAACGACUACGUUCGCAAGCACAACCCGGCCAUUAUGCACAAGAGCGUGACCGACUCGGGCGACCGACUAGGCCGGGUCAAGAACAUGUCGAAUAUUGACACGUCACGCUCCGAGUUCCACAAGGACCUCAAGAACAAUGCGCUACCGCAGUGGAUGUUCAUCACGCCCAACAUGACAUCGGACGGGCACGACUCGAGCGUGACGACGGCCGGCCAGUGGGCGCGCUUCUUUCUCGAGCCGCUGCUGACAAACAGCAACUUUAUGCAAAACACGCUGGUGCUGGUGACUUGGGACGAGUCGGAGACGUACUCGCGUAGAAACAACGUCUUUGGCAUGCUGGUGGGCGACGCUGUGCCGGCGUCGCUGGUGGGCACGACGGACGCCAGCUUCUACAACCACUACUCUGAGAUCGCGACCGUCUCUGCCAACUGGGACCUGCCCACACUCGGGCGCUGGGACGUGGGCGCCAACGUGUACAAGAUGGUGGCGGACAAGACGGGCGACAAGGUACGGGCGUGGGACAGCGACAAGGAGUUUCAGAGCUACUACUGGAACAGCUACUAUGGCGGCUACCUCAACUCCAAGUCGCAGAACAAGCCCAUCCCUAAGCCGAACCUGAACCUGGACCGUAACACGUUCAACGGGCGUGGCAUCCUGCAGUCGGUCAAGGAUACAUGGGCGAACAGCAACGCACCGACGUACUACACUGACUCACUCAAGGUCUCUGACUCGCAGCACCCUCCCCAGGGAUACGAGCCGUAG